GCCACAAGGCGCCAUGGAAAAAUGUUCCGUCACCAAAGUCCGUGCAAGAAGACGUGCGGAACCCUGGAGGGCUGGGUGGGGACCCGUGGUGAAGGCCCACGGCCGCCCCCUCCCGGUUCCUGCUCCACUUCCAAGACACAGGGGCCGGCACUGCAUCCGCAGACUCACUCGCACGCAAAACAGCAGCCAAAGGCCCCGGCCCCAUAUGAAACGACUUGCAAAUAAAUGAAUGUACCCAAGUGAUUUAAGUUCGAACAAGUGUGUCUCUCCCUCCCUCACCCUGUCUCCUCCCCUGUGUCAUUUUUAUGGCUUCACUGGGCUUUGCCUGGGAGUAAACGGUGUGAGUGGCUGACCGAGUGACCUGGGAGCACAGAGCAAAGUGUGACCGUGCUGCUGGACACCGGCCCAGGAGACACGAGCACCGCACGAGCAAAGGCCCGGAGGCCCCGGGACACGGCUUGUGGAGAAAACACGUGAACAGAGCAGGAGCCCAGAGAGAUGGGUCGGGGCUGGAUCUUCCUGGGCCUCGUGAGGAAACAGGAGAGACACGCGGGGACACGCAGGAUUUCAAGCAACGGGGGCCUGGUCCUUGCACGUUGGGCAUCCUCCCAAGGUCCCAGUGACGGCAGCAGUAAGGGGGCGCGGGGGGCAUGGGGACGGUGUGACCUCAAAAAUAAAAUUAUUUCAAGAGUCCAAGCAGCAAAGGAGAGACUAAGUAAGCAGCAACGAAAAUGAUCCUCUCGCUAGCAGAGGAGAAUCCACAGGACGCGCUCCGCGUUCUCGGCGAGGGCGGGAGGGCUGCAGGGAAGGCUCCUGCACGCCGGGAUCCCGGACGGAGCUGGGGGCGCCUGCGGGUCAGGAGGCGGAAGCGCCCGAGAACCCUCGGAGCCGCAGGCCGGGCACCCAACGCUCCAGGACAGGGUCCGAGGCCGCGGGGGCGGUCACUGAAGCGGCCGGAGGUGAGCAAGGGUCCGGCCGGGGGCCGCCCAGCGCACCGCGGGGAGACUGCGGCGGCGCGGGGCGGAGGAAGGGGCCCUGGGCGCUGCGGAGAGAGCGGCUUCCGGGCGGGGUGGCGGGGCCGCGGGGCGGCGCUCUGGGAGGCGGGACACUGGCCGGGGAUCCCGCGACUCCGCGACACCGCCUGGGGGGGGGGGCGGCGGGGAGCGCACGCCUCGUUCCGGGAGGAGUCCGACCCGGCCGUCCCGCCGCCGGAGCGCGAGCCCUGACGCGCGUCGCCCAACCGCCUCGCCGGCUCCGGGUGUUCGGGCGCCCCGGGGUGCCGCCCUCUCCGCCCAGCCCCGCCCACCUGAAACCUCGCGGUCCUCCGCCACCCGGACCCAGGACCUCGCCUCCGAAGCCCGCCCUGAGGCUCACGGGACAAUCUCAAGCACUUCAUUUUUGUGUCCCUAAAGCUUUGGCCGUGCCUUAACGGUUUGGUGUCAUUUGUUGUGCAUUUGGCUCAAAACAAAGGGAGAGCUUGAUUUCACAAGCUACUUGUGACAGAGAACUACAAAUCCCAUGAGGCAGUGGGGCUGCGGGACCACGACUCCCAGCAGGCUCCGCGAGGCUCCCGCUCCUUUCGGCGCAGGCGCUCCGUGCCGGGGCGGAGCAGCUUUGCGGGAUGGCAGCUUCUGAGGAGGGGCCUGAACCCCCUACGGAGCCCCUGGACAUCGCCUGCGGCCUGGAGAACGUGCCUGUGAGCGUGUGGCCCCCGGGGGCGGUGCCAGAGCCCUUCCAGUACACUCCGGAGCACGUGGCGGGGCCCGGGGCAGACGCGGACCCCGCUGAGAUCACCUUCCCCGGGUGCCUCUGCCUGCACCGCCCCUGCGUCCCCGGCUCCUGCUCCUGCCUCCGGCACGUGGAGAACUACGACGCAGACGCGCGCCUCAGAGCCCUGGGCUCGGCGGCAGGGUGCGCCCCGCCGGUCUUCGAGUGCAACGCCCUGUGCCCCUGCCCGGAGCGCUGCGCCAACCGCGUGGUCCAGCGGGGCGUGCAGCUCCGCCUGCAGGUGUUCAGGACGCGCCGCAAGGGCUGGGGGCUGCGCACGCUGGAGUCCAUCCCCCGAGGCCGCUUCGUCUGCGAGUACGCCGGCGAGGUGCUGGGGCUCGUGGAAGCUCGGAGAAGAAUCCGGCUGCAGACUCCGCGCGACGCGAAUUACAUCAUCGCCGUCCGGGAGCACGUGUGCAGCGGGCCGGUGAUGGAGACGUUCGUGGACCCCGCGCGCGUGGGGAACGUGGGCCGCUUCCUGAACCACUCCUGUGAGCCCAACCUGCUCAUGGUCCCGGUCCGGGUGGACUCCAUGGUGCCGAGGCUGGCACUUUUUGCAGCCAAGGACAUCUUGCCCGAAGAAGAGCUCUCGUACGACUAUUCAGGAAGAUUUCUUAACCGAAUGGACGGCGAAGACAGAGGAAGGCCCGCCGAUGGGAAACUAAGAAAACCUUGUUACUGCGGCUCCGGGGUGUGCUUGGCCUUCCUGCCCUACGACGGGUCUCUGUACCUCGCCCCAGAGCCGCCGGGCGAGGGUCCGGGAGGGAGAGCCCAGGAGACACGCUCCUGCACGCCCCCAGGGCAGGAGGGGGUGAUGGGGGCAGGAGGGAGUGAGGGGGAGGCCGGCGUGUGGGGGGCGGCCCCUGCGGUUCCCUCCCGGUGAGCUCCGGGCCGGCACCCGCCGCCCGUGUGGAGGCCAGGCCGCCUGCUCCCCUCUGCCCAGCUGGUGAGCCCAGCCCGGGAAUGUGGCCGCGGCCACAGGCCACCCGGCGUACCCUCUCUCCCCGGGCACAACGGCUUCCUCCGCUUUCAUCUGGACACACAGCCGCCCUGCUAACACCGGGGCACUUUCCCAGUCAGAUGCGGCCGGCUGGCUUCUAGAAAGUGAGGUGCAAGCAGAUGGUGAGGAGGGACCCCCCUCCUUCCUGCUGCCCGGAUGUCCACGAGACCGCUGGGGCUGGAACACCCACUCCACGCCCGGGGUCACCUUGGAAACGGAAGCCACUCUGAACAAAUGAACAAAACCGGAAGGAGUGUGGGUGCCAGGUGCCGUGGGACACGCCGCCGGUGCUGGGCUGACGCCUGUGGGCUCCCCGGUGAGAAACGGUGUCUCCCCCCGCCCCGCCCCGUGUGUGCCACUGGCACGCCGGCUCCCCGCUCCAGCGCCCAGUCAGAAGGGCCCGAGGGAACCCCCGUGGCCGCACACCCGCCUCCCGACCAGUUCUGCGCUAAUAAAGCUGAUAGCUGGACUUUUCUGCCCGGCUCCUGCCGCCUGUCGGUUCUCCUCGGUCUCUAAACGGAGCCAGGGAGGGCAUGGCCGGCUCCGCCCAGAAAGCCUUGGGCGCUCCCACCAGGCACAACCGAGAGUCACAGUGGCAGCGGCUGUGACGUGUUCGCUGUGCACUUCAGAUCCCCGCCCAGCCUCACUUCCCCCGCGUCAGUGGCGUGAAAACCCCACGGGCCGCCGCGGCCCCAGCGGGAACGGCGUCUUCGCGCCCCAGCCCAACUCCUGGAGGGGCGGGCACCUCUCAGCUCCUUUCUCAAAGCAAGGCCGUCGCAAAAACAAGUUACUUACGGAGGUUUAUUAGACCCUUAGAAAGCUCAAAUACUUGCUUGGGCCCCACACUGCAGUGUUACUUAAUAAGUUAAAUUAAUUCAUAGCUUCUUAAGUGUGCUUAGCCCCUAGCGCCAGGAGGCCC